GCGUUUCUCCUCUCUUCUAUCUUCUGGUCAGCAUCACAACCUUGGAUCAGGCAUAAGUUUCACAUGCGAGACCACCAAGACGGCAAUUUGAAAGGCAUACUUUACCCAUGGCCUGGACCAUGGUAGUCUCCCAGUCCGCGGCUCGGCCGUUGUACACCGGGUCGCCGCCCCUUUUACAAACCCAGAGCAGCGAAGAGCCAGCUAUUUCUGACCUCCUGGGUCCGGUAACCUUCCGGUCUCUGUUCGUCCCCAUCAAGGCAUCCGCCCCGAAGCAAGGCCCCUCGGAACAUGCUUGGCCACAGCCCUCAAAGGAAAUCAGUCAUCACUGGAGAGCAGGCGGAGCCAGACUAAAAUCGGGACAGUCUGGCGGCAGGCGACGGACUCGCGGUACACCUCCAACAAGGGCUAUCGAAUGUGCACCUAUCAGCGACUUCCAUACACCUGAUAGCUUUCUAAACCUCCUUGACGUGCUUUCUUGCUCUGGGCGACCAACCUGUGCCAUCUGGCGGUAGAUAAGGUCGGCGGGUUCCACGACCGUGGCGAGGAGGACGCAUGGCUCUUCAACCUGGGGUUGAACCAUAUAAUCAUACGAGAAGUCUAUCU